AUGUCCUCGGCUUCUUCCGUUAGUCGCUUAUCGCAGCCCUUCACGCAAUCGCGGGGGAAGAAGACGAAGUCGUCUGUCAGACUAGCUGAUCUUCCUCAAGGUUUAGUCAGCGCGGAGCCCUUGCCUGAUGUCCAAGACGAUGGCGGCCCGGCCUAUCCUACCGUCGUGUUGCAGGCCCGCCACAACAUGCAAAAGUUUGAGAAUUGCAUCCUCUUGACACGCGUUGGCGGCUUUUAUGAGCUCUACUUUGAACAUGCCGAGGAGUAUGGACCGGUAUUGAACCUCAAAGUAGCACAGAAGAAGACUAAUGCCGGCCCCGUCCCAAUGGCUGGCUUCCCAUUCUUUCAGCUGGAAAGAUUCCUCAAAAUCUUGGUCCUCGAUUUCAAUUGCUAUGUAGCCGUAGCUGAAGAAUUUCCUAAUGACCCUGGCGACAAGGUAAAGUCCGGCGGGCUCAUGCAUGACCGUCGAGUUACCCGUGUAAUCACACCAGGUACCCUGAUUGAUGAAAAUUUUAUUGACCCGUAUGCCAAUAAUUUUGUAUUGGCGGUCCAUUACGACUAUGACCACGACCACGAAGCUUGUUGCUCUUCCACAGAUACCCCCCUAUCUACCAAUAGCCAAGACCCAUCCUCCACACCGAUAGGAGUGGCUUGGCUAGAUAUCUCCACCGGUCAGUUCUACACGCAGGUCGCGCCUAUAACUUCACUCUCAUCUAUCCUAUCUCGAAUUGCACCUCGAGAAAUCGUAGUUGAUGAAGUGUUCGAGUCGCGGCGAGACAGCCAGCUGUUCUCCGCUCUAGCAGAAGACAAAAAUUUGAUCACCUUUGCCCCUCGAGGUGAUCUUUUACCAGUAUCAGAAUGGGACCCAAUGCUAGAAUCCGAAAUACCUGCACAGACCCUUGCAAACAUCACCGCCAAUGAAGCUCAAGCAGGCAGUUUGCUGCUCCAGUACGUAAAGGAUCGCCUUCAAGGGAUCAGUAUGAAAUUGCAGCCACCACUACGACACGAAAACCUUGCGGUCUUAGCUAUGGAUAAGAAUACCAUGAGGGCCCUAGAGAUCAAGCAGACUAUCAAAGAUGGCGCUUUCAGAGGAAGUCUGCUCCAUGCUGUACGAAGAACCGUCACAAAGGGCGGCGCUCGACUGCUCAGUACAUUGUUGAGUGCACCGUCGACGUGUUUAGACACUAUCAGGGCCCGCCAUGACUUAGUUGAGUUUUUCAUACAAAGCGAAGACCUUCAAGAUGAGAUUGUGCUUUUGUUGAGAAGGAGCCAUGAUUCACAACGGCUAGUGCAGAAGUUUGCAUUUGGUCGAGGGGAUGCAGAUGAUCUUAUAGGCUUGGCUAAUACUAUUCGCGCCGUACAAGACAUUUUCAACACCCUGACCAACACAACGGAUGCUAGAACCACUGUCUCACUUGGGUCCAGUAGCACAACUGAAAGUCAUUCCGAUGUAGAUAAUGGCGCUGAAACCCAGCCGGCCUCUUGCUUCAAGGACCUACUUUCGCGUAUUGAGCUUGACGAGCCUGUGAAACUAGCUGAUCGUAUUCGCAAUUCCAUUGACGAAGAGGGACUAGUCCACCAACAUCAGAUCCAGGCCGACGAGGCCAAUAAAUUGCUCAACCUAGCUGAAGAGACCAUCGCGGCCGAAGGGACACAAGAAGACUCAGCCUCGUUACCCAAGGGUUCGAGGAAGAAGAAGGUUGUCUCGCUUAGAGAUCAUUACGCAGAUGAUAACACGACCUUUGUUAUGAAGCCGGAGGCUAGUCUGGGCCUACAACAAUUACAUGAUCAACUUACGGGUCUAUUACAGGAAAAGUUUGAAUUGGCAAAUACACUACGUGAUCAUCUGGGCACUCCUAGCCUGACACUUCGCUGGACGCCGAACCUAGGACAUUUCUGCCACGUGAAGGGCAAAGAUGUAAGGGCUACGGGCGUAACUGAAUACGCCGCUGUGAGCGUGAGCCGUAGCACCCGAACCUUCCACGUGGCAGAAUGGACGGCGCUGGGUCAGCGAAUUCAUCAGACACGGUUCGAAAUUGGGGCUGAAGAGGCACGCAUUCUGGGGGAACUGAGAGCAGGCGUCGUAGCAAACUUGGUUAAGUUACGGCACAACGCAUCGGUCCUAGACGAACUAGAUGUCGCAACGUCAUUUUCACGUCUCGCUAUCGAGCAGGGUCUGACACGGCCUGUCCUCAAUAGUUCAACGGCCCAUAUGAUCAUUGGGGGACGACACCCAACGGUCGAGGGUGGUUUGCGCGAACAGGGACGCACUUUCACGAAGAAUGAUUGCCUCGUAGGGCUAACUACCCACUCUACUAUGGAUUCGCCCACUGUCCAUGCGGAUGCCGAAUCGAAACAAGACAGUGCACCGUCAUUAGGAUCUCCAACGCCCUCAGAAGGACGUCUCUGGCUGAUCACAGGCCCAAAUAUGGCAGGAAAAAGCACAUACCUACGGCAGAACGCACUGAUAACGAUACUCGCACAGUCAGGGUGUUACGUUCCCGCUUCGCACGCGACCCUGGGCAUCGUAGAUGCUGUUUUCUCACGUGUUGGUUCCGCCGACAAUCUAUACCGUGACCAAAGUACCUUCAUGGUUGAGAUGCUCGAGACAGCGCAGAUCCUGCGCAACGCGACGCCGCGCUCUUUUGUCAUCAUGGACGAGAUAGGACGCGGGACAGCGCCCAAAGAUGGGGAGGCUGUUGCCUUCGCCUGCUUACAUCACCUCGCUACCGUGAACAAAUGUCGGGCACUUUUCGCCACCCAUUUCCACGAGCUCGCAGAUCUCGUUCACAAACAUGGAUUACACGUCAGCAGUAAUCAUAACGGUUCCGAGGGAACAGGCCCCGUUGAGAUGUACUGCACGGAUGUUGAAGACGACGAUACGGGUGGCUUCGUCUAUGUACAUAAGCUAAGGAAGGGCGUAAAUCGACAGAGCCAUGCGCUCAGAGUCGCGCGCCUUGCAGGACUUCCCGAGUCAACCAUUGCGGUGGCAAAGGAUAUUUUACGUGAAUGA